AUGCCUACGCUGGAUAACUUCCAUUCUUUCCUAAAAGGUCGUGCAGAUGUCCUUGAAACCGUUCAGCGGAAUAAACAGGACAAGUCAUUUAAGCGUCAAACGGACGCGCCUGUUUUACCGCAGCGGCCUAAACCUAGUCUGCCUAGCGUUAAAACCUUCAUGGCUCAAACCAGUGAACCCUCAGGUUCCAAGCCACUUCAAUGCGUGAGUUGUGGCGGCGAACAUCGUAUUUUUGACUGUGCGUCUUUCAAGGCCAAAUCGUCUGAGGACAGACUCGCUCAGGCAAAUACUCUAAAAUUAUGUCACAACUGUCUUAGACUAGGGCAUGAUGUUCGACGCUGCAGGUUGCCAGGCAGCUGUCGUUCAUGUAAGCAGCGUCACAACACACUUUUGCAUCAAGAAACUGGGCCUAGUGAAGAUGCUAUUCAAGUCAACCUUUCAAAGUUGAAUCUGCCAACCCCGUCUAAGGGUCUACUUGCAACAGCUUUGGUCAACUUGGUAAACCCGACAACAAAGAAGGUAGUUACCGCGCGUUGCUUUCUUGACAACGGCUGUGAGUCGUCGUUCAUCACUCAAGACAUCAAACAACGGUUAGGCUUGACGUCUAUUACACCUAACGAUCUUACUCAGAACCUAGAGGGUGUAUGUGACAUUGAAGUUCGUAUCAAGGUCGAUCGUUGUAUUCUAGAAAUUCAGUCUCUUCGAAGUUCCUUCAGUGCCAUCUUGACGUGCACAGUCUUGCCACAGAUAACCAAACCUAUACCAAAGGUCAGCUAUGACGUCAGCCAUCUCAACCUAGCUCCCUUCGAACUUGCAGAUCCUAACUUUAACCAAUCGUCCCCAAUCGACAUUCUCGUAGGUUCUGACCUCUUUUGGGACAUAUUAGGAUCUCAGCAACAAUCUUUAGGUGAUGGCAAUCCUAAAUUACGGAGCUCUAAAUUAGGAUGGAUAGUAGUAGGACCCAACCAACAAUUCAUUCAAUCUAAUUCCACGAUUCGUUGCAACCUUGCUCGCACAAGCGACCUUCAUGACGAACUCGCUAAAUUUUGGGAAUUAGAGAGCCUACCGCAUAAAAAACAAGCUUUAACCGAGCAGGAGCGUUUGUGCGAACAAAGUUUCAUCGCUACUACCGAACGUUCAGAUGACGGGCGCUUUAUUGUCAAACUUCCCCUAAAGGACGGGCCCGACUGCUUGGGUGACUCAUACACAGCAGCCAAGAAGCGAUUUCUUCACCUAGAACGUCGUUUUAGGAAGCAGCCAGAAGUCAAGGAACGUUAUUCCAAGUUCAUUCACGAAUAUGAGGAACUUGGCCAUCUUUCUCCUUCGACCAUUCCGAGGCCUCCCAAUGCGUUCUUUUUGCCCCACCAUCCUGUCAUCAAGGAAAAAGUGAGUCUACUAAAUUGCGGGUUGUCUUUGACGCGUCUGCGCGCACUUCCUCUGGACUCUCUGUAA